AUGUAUCCGAAUACGUUCAAUUUUCAGGAAAUGGUGCGACAAUACUAUGAUGAAAUGCUUGAUCGAGAGGAUGAGGGCAUGAAAGCCGAUAUCCCAUAUAUAUUAACCAUACCAAAGGACCUCAACGGCCGGCUCCACGAUUUUUUUGCUCAGUAUUCUAUCAAGGAGAAGGCAGACGGUUGGCUUGAUGAACAUCCUUACUCUGAAGCUUUCCCAGACACAGAGGCUGAUAGAUGGAUGAGGGAAUGA